GACGACUUCUGGUACCAGUAAAGCACUUCAACUGCACAUGGAGGACAGAAAAUCCUUGAAUUUGCUCUGCGGUAACAUUUAAUCUCAGGUGCAGGAGUUGCAGGUUUGUCACAAUGAGGAUUUUAAUCUCAUUGUCUGUGUGUCUGCUGUUGUUGAUUUGUGGUGGAAUUAUCAAUGGAGAAACAUCAGUUGACUUCAGCAGCAUCACCAAUGAUCCCUGUUACAACUAUGAGUCUCUGGAUCGUCCCUGGAGAGCAACAACUGAAAGUGAUUUGAGGCUUUGUGACAGCGAUUUCUACUGGAAUGGCUGGUACCGACUUUAUCAUUAUGGGAUGAACAUCCAAAUGCCAGAGAGCUGUGUUGAUCCAUUCAGAUGUAAUGCAGGCUUCGGUCUGUGGCUCAAUGGUUCUCACCCUCAGAUAGAAGAUGGGGUGGUGACCCGUGAGGUCUGUGCGGCUAAUUAUAUGGGUAGUUGCUGUGAUGUCGAGUAUGAACCCAUCAGAGUUAAAGCCUGUCCAGGAAAUUACUACGUCUAUGAACUUGUGAAUCCAUACAAUUCAGGUCUAUACUAUUGUUCAGGAUACUGCACAGACAUCAGCACUAUAUCACAGACAAUUUCCACAACAACUCCAGCUAUGAUUACUGCAUCCAGCUUCACCUUGAGUGACCCAUGCUCAAACUACAACAUACUGGACAACAACUGGAGGAGCACACUACAUUACUGGUAUUGGUAUGGAUUUACAUUUGGACAUGAUGACACUAUGGUAAAAUGGGACGGAUGGUAUCGACUCUUCAUCAAUGGAUUGAGUGCUCAGAUGCCCGACUGGUGUGUUUCUUCCAUGGCAUGUGGGGGUUAUACUUCUCUUUGGCUUGGUGGUUCUCAUCCUGGAGUAGAAGAUGGAGUUGUUACUCGUGACGUCUACGGCUCUUAUUUUGACCAGUGCAGUCGUUUCACAUCAAACCCAAUCCAAGUCAAAGCUUGUCCUGGAGAUUAUUAUGUCUACAAACUCACCAGACCAAAUGUAUCAAUUGCAGACCCUGUAUAUUGUGCAGUUGCGUUCAAAACUCCAAGUGUCGACCCCUGUGACAGCUACACCAGUGUGGAUGAACCCUGGAGAUCCAUUGAUAAUUACAACUAUUACUUCAGCAACCAAACCAUGUCUGAUUAUUAUGUCAACUGGAACGGCUGGUACAGACUUUUCAUCAAUGGUCAGAGUGCUCAGAUGUCAGAGUCGUGUGUUACUCAGUGGAAUUGUGGCACUUAUUGCCCACUUUGGCUGAAAGAUCCUCAUCCAAAGCUGGAAGAUGGAGUGGUCACACGAUUUGUCUGUAUGUCUGCAUGGGAUGACUGCUGUGGUAUAACAUUAAAUCCCAUACAAGUCAAAGCCUGUCCAGGAAAUUACUACGUUUAUGAGUUUGUCAGACCAAUAGGCAUUUCUGCUUACUGUGCAGAAGUCAAAGGCAUCACCACAGAGACCCCACACAUAGAGUCAAUUACUACGCCCAUCACAAUCACUGAAACAUCAACGCUCAGCUCUGACCCGUGCUUUAACUAUAACACUAUUGAUGAAUAUUGGAGAGACAUACGGCUGAACCCACCCCAGGAUCGUGACCAUGAUGACACUACUGUUGAGUGGAACGGCUGGUAUCGACUGUAUUUAAAUGGGGAAAAUGCUCAGAUGUCUGAAUGGUGUGUGAGUUAUAUGGGAUGUGGUGGUGAAAUUGGACUGUAUCUCAACGGCUCUCAUCCACGACUUGAGGAUGGAGUGGUGACGCGUGAGGUCCUGGGAGCUGAAGUGUUGUACUCCAAGCGGUGUGGCAUCUCCACCGCCAACCCCAUCCAAGUCAAAGCUUGUCCAGGAGAUUAUUAUGUCUAUAAACUCGUCACCCCAGAUGUUUCAAUCUACAGACCUUCAUACUGUGCAGUUGCUUUCAGCAGCAUCAUCAAUGAUCCCUGUUACAACUAUGAGUCUCUGGAUCGUCCGUGGAGAGCAACAACUGAAAGUGGACUAAACAUUUGUGAUGAAUCUUUCUCAUGGAAUGGCUGGUACAGACUUUAUCAUUAUGGGAUGAACAUCCAAAUGACAGAGACCUGUGUUAAUGCAUUUAGCUGUAACACAGUAAUGAGUCUGUCACUCAUGGAUCCUCAUCCUCAGAUAGAAGAUGGGGUGGUGACCCGAGAGGUCUGUGGAGCAAAUUAUUGGAGUGGUGAUUGUUGUGAUUACAAGCUAGGUCCCAUCAGAGUAAAAGCCUGCCCAGGAAAUUACUAUGUCUAUGAGCUCAUAAAUCCACAAUACUGGUGUUCAGGAUACUGCACAGACGUCAGCACUAUAUCACAGACAAUUUCCACAAUAACUCCAGCUAUGAGUCUUGGAUCCAGCUUCACCAUGAGUGAUCCAUGCUCAAACUACAACAUACUAGACAACAACUGGAGGACCAAACUCAAUGACUUUAAUAUGUAUGGAUACAUAACUGAAAGUGAUGACACUCGUGUAAUAUGGGACGGCUGGUAUCGACUCUUCAUCAAUGGAUCGAGUGGUCAGAUGCCUGAAUGGUGUGUUAGUUAUAUGACAUGUGGAGGUUUCAGUUCUCUGUGGCUUGCUGGUUCUCAUCCUGGAGUGGAAGAUGGAGUUGUUACUCGUGAAGUCUACGGCUCUUAUUAUGAUCAGUGCAGUCAUUACACAUCAAACCCAAUCCAAGUCAAAGCUUGUCCUGAAGAUUUUUAUGUCUAUAAAUUCACCAGACCAAAUGUUGCUAUACCACUCCCUGUAUAUUGCGCAGUUGCUUCCAGCACUCCAAGUGUCGACCCCUGUGACAGCUACACCAGUCUGGAUGAACCCUGGAGAGCCACCUAUUAUUAUCUCUAUAACGAUUACAAUGGAUACUACAGUAACAGAUGUGAUUAUAAUAUCGGUUGGAACGGCUGGUACAGACUUUUCAUCAAUGGUCAGAGCGCUCAGAUGCCAGAAUCAUGUGCUAUGUAUGGUAGGUGUGGAACAUCAAGUCCUCUGUCACUCAAAGAUCCUCAUCCACAGCCGGAAGAUGGAGUGGUCACACGACAUGUUUGUUUGACCACAUGGGACAGCUGCUGUGAUUAUGAAUCUCAUCCCAUACAAGUCAAAGCCUGUCCAGGAAACUACUACGUUUAUGAGUUUGUCAGACCAAUGGACUGCUCAGCUUACUGUGCAGUUACCUCUACAACACAGACAACAAAGCUACCCACUGAAUUAAUUUCUCCUAUCUUCACAACCACUGCUUCGACUGAUCCGUGUUCUGCACUCAACUGUACUGAAGAUGAAUGGUGUGGUGAGAUGAACGGUGUUUACGGCUGUUUCUGCAAUGAGGACCAAACCAGAUCUGAUCCUGACGCUUUUGAUUUCUUUGAAACCUGUGAAAGCAGUACAGGAUCUAUAUCUAUAUCUCGCUGUCAGCUCUUUGAAGCUGGUUUUUCAGCUGAUGGCCUGCACCUCAAUGAUCCCAGCUGCAGAGGAAUCAUCCAGAACGGCCGAGUGGAGUUUAGUUUUGAUAACAAUGGACACACCUGUGGUACAAAUCUUGUGGCCAAUGGCACUCAUAUCAUCUAUGAGAACUUUAUUUUGGGAGCACCAGGGUCAUCUGAAGGUCUCAUCAGUAGAGAGAGAAUUCUGCAGAUAUCUUUCAGCUGUGUUUACCCCCAAACCCAAACACUUUCUAUGAUAGAAAUCAACCCACUGGAGAGUCGUGUGAACAAGAAUCUUGUUGGUCAUGGGAUGUAUCAGGUCCGAAUGAUCCCAUAUCAUGAUGUUGGGUUCUCUCAGCCCUUCAAUGGUAGUGUGGAUGCAAAACUCAACCAGGAGAUUUUUGUUGAGGUUCGUGUUGAUGGGGUUGACAGUCGACAGUUGGUCACAGUGAUUGACACAUGUUGGGCUACACCUGUGAAUGAUCCAGAUUACAGUCUGCGCUGGGAUCUCAUCACUGGAGAGUGUCCAAAUCCACAUGAUAACACAGUGAAGCUUCUUCAGAAUGGUGUCUCAACAUCCAGCCGUUUCUCCUUCAGGAUGUUCAUCUUCAACUCAAACUCCACUAAAGUUUACCUGCACUGUGCUGUUCAUCUUUGUAUUCUGGCCAACAAUUACUGCUCAGCGCCCUGUGUUUCUGGAUAUCAUCAGAGGAUCGGCAGAUCUCUGGAUUUUCAUGACAGUUCCUCCAUAUCCAUGGGUCCUCUGAUUGGGUCUGAUGGAAACACAGAUAUCUCACACCAAAUGAAGUCCAUUGCUUCGUGUCUGUGUUGUUCUUUGAUGCUGUUGCUUGUUUCUCUCAUGACUUUUCUUACGUUCCCUAAGUAAAUUUUCACAAAAUAUAGACAAUGCUUUACUUAAGAAUAAUCUAAUUUUAAUGUUUGAGCAUGUUUGAGCUGCUUUAAUUUAAAAACACCUUGUCCUGUUUAAUUUUAACAUAUAUCGGUGACAUUGUUUUGUCUUAACACCUGUAGUGUUUUUUGUAAGUUAUGUUUGUAAAAACUUCUUAAAACCAAAUAUAAAUAAGGCCUAGUCCUGGAUUAACCUAAACCCUUUCUAGAAACUGCCCCUAACAGUUUAUUUAGAAAUCUUUUGUAUUUUCAUGUGCCUGGUGCAAAGUUUAAUAUGCCUUAGUUAGAAAGUUAUGGUGCCCCUGCUCCUUUGAGGUGAGAACAGAAGAUGAAAGUUUGGUGUGUGCUGUCUAUGCUGUAAUGCCAAGGCUGAUAAAAAAAAAAGAAAUGUGAAUUA